ACGUGAGACCGGAAACAUAUGAAGUAAUUUGAUUGGCUGUCGUGCUUUUAUAUUCUUUCCUGGAUUUUGAUUGGUUAAAGCAGUGAGGUUUUCCCGGAAGUACGAAUUCGAUUUUUAUAAACGGAUUUUUCUAUUCUAUAUGUUUGCCGUAUGGCGGGAUAGGGUCGAGUCUAAGUCAAAUACUCUGGUUAGAUAGGGCCACAGGCGGCCUGUCGGGGCUCUAUUUGUUAUGAUCAGUUUUUGUGGUGCUGAUCCAUUGAAAACAGCGGCGAUAUUAAAUGUGCUAUUUGGGAAUGUGAUCCUCGUAUUUGGAGUCGUUGAUCAAAUCACUUAUCGUUUGAGAGAAGAACACGAUGCCUCCGCUAAGAUUGGACUGGGGAUAUGGACAGGUUUAUCGGUAACAAUGACUGGGUCCACAUGGCUGAUGACGUCAAGACCUCACGCUCCAAACCAGGCCCCUUCCCGCACACGGCUUAACGUCUUCUACGCAUUAUCCAUGGUAUCCCUGUGCCUCGCUUCCAUGCUGGUCACACUGUCCUCUAUCACUGUAACCCGCGCGUAUCCCGCGGGAUGUGAACCUCACCGCAUGAACAAGUGGUACCUACCAGAACCGCAACACAGCUACUUCAGCUCAUGCGUAACAAGCUUAUCGCUACAGUGCUUUUAUAUCAUCGCUGGGGGUCUAGAAAUGGCCGUUAGUUUGUGGUCAGUGGUUUUGUGUAUAAGGACAGGCGCCUGCAGAUGUUCAAGAAUUUUGUUGAUGAAUCACCAAGAAAUCCCCCGUCACCAAGGACACGCAAUUGCCGAUGGCUUAGAAGUCGUCGCAGUUGAACCACCGCAACACCAUCAACUAGAGGUCAUCGAAGAGGAAGUUCCUAGGUGAAUCGCUAUUUUGGGAUGUUUCCAAGAAGCUAGCUAUCAUAAAAAUAAAGAUUUAUGACUAAAAGAUAAGGUCCAGUUUUAGCACAAGGCAAAGAAAACUGAAUGGUCUGCGUAAACAAUGUGGAAACAGUAAAAUAAGUACACGUAAAAGAAGUUAGAAGUCUUUAUGGGUUCUCUCAAUGAAGGCAAAGUGGUUCGCUUACGUUUCGGGCGUAAACCCUUCGUUAAGCGUGAACCCCGCGUCGGUGAAGAGAGGCGAUCAACCCCGUACGGAUGUAUUUUCCUUCGGGCAAAUAGUCUCUAGAAGGGUGGGGCAAACAAGCGGUAAUACGUGGAUAUUUUUAAACGUUUAAAUUCGUUGCAAAGAUAAUCAAAAUAAUGUGAGCAGAAAAAAACGCGCGAAAAGGCAAUGUAAUAUCCAGAAUGACUUGCAACCGCAAAAGACGAAAAUAGCAAAAUUAUUUCUAAAGACGAAAAUGCCAUUUAUAUUAUUGCCAUUUAUAUAUAUGAUAGCAUUGUGAGUAUCAAUGCAAUUCUAGUUUUAGUUUUACUGUUAGUAGCAUUAUUAAAUUGUUACUAGAAAAAAUAUAGAUGGAAUAUAUUAAGUUUACUUAUAUUUUGUAAUUUUUGUAACUUUUGAAAUAACAAUAUCUGCUUUUAUUCAUAUCACAUCAUUAAAGUAUAAAAAUCUA